AUGCGAAGACACAGUGCCAAUGCGCGCUUGCAAGAGGCGGCCGCCUCGGCCCUGAGUUCCGCUGCGUCCUGGCCAGCCAUCCAAGCAGCGGCAACCAACAACGGUGCCGCGGAGGAGAUUGUCUCCGCGAUGCGGCGAUUCCCCACCGACCCGGAGCUCCUGGCGGCAGCAUGCAGUGGUUUAGCAGGUCUGGCUGCAAAUCAUCCUCUGAACCAGUCUGCCCUUCUCGGCUGUCGCUCCAUUGAGGCGAUCGUAUCUGCCAUGGACGCUUUCGUGCACCAUGCUCGGCUGCAGACCAUGGCCUGCGGAGCCCUUGGAAACCUCGCGGCAAACAGCCCGAACAACCAGGCUGCCAUUGCUUCCCGAGGAGGUUUGCAGAGGGUGGUAAAUGUGUUGAAACACCAUCACUCGAAUCCGGUUGUUCUGGCAGCGUCACUUGGGGCUGUUUGGUGCCUGAUGAAGCACCACCUUGCCAAUACAGAAUUGGCUGCGCAACUAGGAGUGGCAGAACUUUCAGCUGCAGCGCUGCAGCGCCACCCGGAAGAGCGAGGAGUGCGCAGCAUGGCGUGCAGGAGCCCAGAUGGCCGCCACAAUCUCCACUAUAUACAUUUAAAAAACGUAAACGAAGGAACGGUACUGGGUGCACAAACACUCGACUAG